CUAGAAGCUCUCAUUAUUCGAGACUAUACACCAUAAACCAUGACAACUCCACCUAUUACCAACUCAUCAAAACUCCCAGUUUUGAUUCUUGGAGCUGGCCCAAGCGGCCUUCUUCUAGCACAGACACUCCGUCGCCACGGCGUGCCGUUUCGACUUUUUGAGCGUGACGAUGAUUUCACGACAUUUCGUGGGCCUGGUUGGGGUCUGACUCUCAACUGGUCGCUACCUGUGCUGCGUGACUUAUUGCCUGACGAUCUCGGGUCUGUUGAGAGCAUCCGCAACAUUUGCGUUGACAAACCAUCUGUCGAAGAGGGCAAGACAUGCCGAUUCCCCUUCUACGAUCUCUCUAAUGCUGAGAGAAGAUAUGAAAUCCCGUCCAUGCCAGAAACUAAGUUAAUUCGUGUGACGAGAGAACGUCUACGAAGGCUACUCGCUACGAAAAUCAACAUCGAGUGGAACAAGAUAUUUAAGAGCUUUGAUGAAAGCGUCAAAUCUGUUACCAUCACAUUUGAAGACGGGUCAUCGGCGGAAGGCUGCCUUCUGGUAGCUUGUGAUGGUGGCAAGUCUCGUGUGCGCACACAGCUCUUGCCCGAUGAUGCUAUGGAACGACUCUAUGAAAUCCCUGUGCGCAUGUUGGGCAUUAAAAUCGAUUAUGAGCCUGAAGAAGCAGAGGCCUUCCGCCAGCUUGAUACUUUUUGUUUACAUGGAAAUGCGCCAAACCGUACCUUUGCAUACAUGGGAGUUCUGGAUAGCCCUGGCAACAAUGAGUACAGUACUGACAAAGUAAGCAUGCAAGCUUGCGUGUCUUGGCCCUACACAAGUGGUGUCCUUGGCCGAAGUGAGCCAAUCGACAUUCCCGAAACAAACGAUGAGCGUACCGUGCUCCUCAAAGAGAUUGCGAAUACCUGGGCUGAACCAUUCAAGUCCCUCAUUACAAAGAUGCCUCUAGGAACCGAAGUCAAAGGACUGGUUCUCAAAGACUGGCUACCUUCAUAUGAUCUUCAGACACGAGGACGUACCGUCCUCAUGGGCGAUGCUCUUCACCUCAUGGCGAUGUAUCGAGGUGAAGGAGCAAGCCACUCGCUUGCUGAUGUUGAAGACUUUGCCACUCACGUCCUGCCAUUACUUCAACAAGAGCAGGGCCAGGAACACCCCUUUGAAACCUCUCAGUUGAGACAAGCGCUAUCCAUGUACGAACGGACAGCGGUUCACCGUGCUAGACCAGGUGUCCUAGCCUCGCGCCAAGCAGCAACAGAUGCACACACGUGGGGAAAUAACGGGCCCGACAGUCCGCUGCUCUCGAGAAGACAGCGCACUGCGCCGUUCGUCGACCCUGCGACGGUGUGAGCUAGUGCUCAAUACAUGGCAUCUCCUGAUAUUGGUACUUGAAUCCUCAUACUGCCUCCUGAACUAUUGUGUAUGGUAUUUUGUUAUAAAGAAAACCUGCGAAGCAGGUAGGUAGUGGGCGCACGUGUCGUUGCUCGUGGUAGAAGAGCAACCAAUCUACUGAGGAUAAAUGACAAUAUUUCACUGUAUUACCGCUCAAAAUAGCAGAAUUCGUGUUUACUUUACAGUAUAAAAGAAAAUCUUUGACAUUUUAAUCUAUCGCGCGACUCCAAAACCGCUCUGGGGAGUCCGUCUUCCAAUCAGCGCUUC